GCCAGGUGGGCCUGUCGUGGUGUUUUUACGCGAAAAUAUUAGGGUUUCACAACACCGGUCAUUAAUUUACGAAUUUAUUAAGUUGUGUAAAAAAUGGCCAGCUUUGCAAGAAGCUUACGAAUCCUUACGAGGAAUCCGGUCUUAAUUCGUUCAUUUUCAUCGAAGCCCCAUGUCGUUGUUUUACGCAAAACCUUAAGUGUUCCUUCAUGUCUCACCAGUAGCAGUAACAAAUUAGAAAAUCACAGUCAAGUGCGAUACUAUUGCCCCGAAAAAAAAAAUGCUAAACAGUCAGAAGAUGAAAUUAGACAACGCGUUCUCAAAGUCUGUGCUUCUUAUGAUAAAGUUACUGCUGAUAAGACGCAGUAUUUGCAACAAGAGAGAGGUUACAGUUCGAAACCACCUUUAUCUUUAAAUAUGAUUAGUGAACGCGUAUUGUUGGUCCUUAAACUUUAUGAUAAAAUCACCCCAGAGAAGCUCUCCUUGGAGUCUCAUUUUAUUAAUGAUCUAGGGUUGGACUCCUUAGAUCACGUAGAAGUGAUAAUGGCAAUGGAGGAUGAAUUUGGUUUUGAAAUUCCAGAUGUUGAUGCCGAAAAGCUUUUGAGACCAGCAGAUAUCGUUAGAUAUGUUGCAGAUAGAGAAGAUGUGUAUGAAUAAUUUAUUUGGCAGUAGAUCUUGCUAAGUUUGUAAAAUGUUCUUUUUAAUAUUUAUGUGAUAAAACAAUUCAAUGCCCUGUAGAUAAACAUAGACAUUUUGAAAUAUCCUACAAAUGUUAUUGAAAAUUCAGUGUAAAUCGAUGAACAGAAAUAUAACCUUUGAUUAUAAAUAA